AUGACAGUACGCCUAUCGAUCCAGCUCGUCUUGGCGCAGGCCGUCAAAGGAGGGAGAUGCAGCGAAGAUGCACGAGGCCAUGUUCACCGUCUGCUCAAAGAAGCCGCAAUCGUACGCUGCAAGUGUUGCCCAUUAGGUGCCGUGACAUAUCAAGUUCCCAUCAACGAUCUCCGCAGCCACGACUAUGACGAAAUCGAGUCUGACAAGUGGACCGUCUACUAUGAUCACAAUGCCACUCCAACAGCAGAAGAAGCAGAUUCUCUCGACGUCAAUGAAGCUCAUGUUUCUCUUCGCGGAGUCAAACUUGUCAGUCCUCUGUUUGAUCUGAGCGCGGAGAACUCGAGCGAAAUUCUUCCAAAUCGUGCCCACGACAUUGACAUGAAUACCGAGAUUGGAGCUGUACUCCAGCUUUUGCAGGAUUCCCAAAAGACCAUCUCUGACGGCAGCGAUGGCAAGGCGCCGUCUUCUUUCCUAUACGCUUCGCCGAAUUGUCGCAUGACUGUUUCGAUCGAUUCUACUGACUCGUUUGCAGCGCACACGUACGAUCGAGUUGAGCUGUUCAUGAAUUGCUGUGAGCGGCAGUACGAUGUCUUGACUGCCUGCCCAAGUCUGACGAACGUUAUGGACAUCUUUUCUGUCGAGGCACUCUCGUCCGACGGAGAAGAGAGCGUUGAAGAUGGCGAUGACACCGAAGAAGAGUUUGGUCGCCAUCCUUUUGACUCGGCCAUCGACUUUGCGCAGCUGCCUUCUACACUCGACUCCGCUCAGGUCACAGCAUGGAUCGAUGUCGUUGUCAACACCGUAGGUCGUUGCGAGGAGGCUGUCGCGUCCUACUUUGACUGGCAACUCAGCCCUGACGGCGACUUCAGCGCACCAGAGUUCUCUUCAAUGCUCAUGCUUCGCCAUCUCGGGUGCAAGGAAACCACCGUUGACCACUUCCAGUCUCGUCUAGCCGCUCGGCCUAUUGAGCUGGAUGAAGCCGUAGCUUCGGCGAUGAAUGCGAUCUUCAACGACAACCCUCUUGGAACUCUUGCUCUGCAUGUGGUCAAGACCACUGCAGCUGACACAGAUCCAGACACCGUCCGCUAUCGAAUCAAGAUGAAGCUGCUCAGUGGAGGGUACGGUAUGCAUCCACGAGAGUAUACAAGAAAGGCUCUGGUGGCGGUUGGCGCAGAAGGAGUACAAGACCAUGAGGAAUUCGCAUGA